AUGCGCGUCUCCCUGUCGAGGCUGUCUGCGGCCAUCCAGGUUCCCGACCACCUGAAGCUCGUCAGCCAGCAGCUCACUCUCCCGAUGGCGUCGGGCCGCUGCAUGAUCAUCGGGCAGCCGAGCUUCAAGUACCCGAUCGCUGUGAUCCCGCCGCCACCCGAGGUGGCGCCGCUGCUGGCUGCCAUCCGCUCGUGCGACGUCCGCCCCUUCCGCAUCAUCUCCUACGUCGAGGAGUCUGGCCGCGCCUUCAACUGCUCAUUCUUCAACGACGAGGCGCACAUGCGCGGCUGGAUCGAGUGGCUGUCCGACAACGCCCUCACUGCCGGCAGCCAAUUCCACGAAUGCGUGCGCAGCGCGAUGCCCGAGGACGAGCCGCUGCCGACCGCGGAGACGCUGCUUUUUGGCCGCGGCACGGACGUGCUCACCGACACGCGCUUCGGCGAGUACCAGGUCGGGAUGUCCAUCUCCUUCUCGCGGCAGGUGCCUCUCGGGCCGGAUGAGUAUGCCGAGAUGUGCGAGGUAGCGGCGUCGAGAGAGUUCGAGCUCCGCAUCGCGCGGUGCAUGGAGGAGAGAAAUGUCGACUACUUUGGCCGGCUCGCCAUGCUCGAGGACCCACGGGCGGCCGCGGAGAGAGGCUCCCCCCCCGCCCUCAUCACGGCGCUGCGCUACGGCUCGAUUGACGACGCGAGGCGCGGCACGGCAGUGGUGCGUGAGCGCAUGGGCGUCGAGCUCGGGCGCUGGUUCGGCGGCGGGCACACCUCGCUACUGGGCACGGCGACGCAGGUCCUCGAGCUCUGACCGACGCCGCCGCCGCGUGCCCCUCUCUCCGGCCCCUUUCCAACGCGAUGGAUUUUGACGACGUGAGAGCGCUGCCCGCCGGCGAGCGGCGGUGUCAGUGGAGCUGUGGGUGUGGCCGGUGCACGGUAGUCGGUAGGCGAGGGGUAGUGUACGGGGUAGCGCGUAGCGCGGUGAGGUGACGUCGGGCUUGAGAUGUGAUGCGUUGCGCUCGAUAUCUGAUUUUCAAGCGUGAUCAAAGCAAAGAAAA